GAUCUUUCUCAAAAACCAAAUAAUUUGCCGUGUUCUCCUAAAACCCCACACGUCGCUUCUUCACAUGUUCUUGUACUGCCAAUCUCUUUCAAUCUUUGAGUCAAAUUCAAAGAGAUUUCGCUAUUAAUCUCAACUUUUCUCGGCCGCCGUUUCUCUCUUCAAUCCGUUCUUCUGUCUUUGAACAAUCAUUUCUCCGAAUUCACUGAGUAUCACAACAAAACUUUAAUCCGGACCUCUAACCAGAGGUCCUUCGGUAUUGAAUCCACUGUAGAAGAUGCAAGGUUUUCCAGAUGUCAAUGGGCCGCCAACCUUGGGUCAACUUCAGGCCACUAUGCAAGCCAUUGAGCUUGCCUGCAGUUCCAUUCAGAUGCACAUCAAUCCAUCUGCAGCUGAGGCAACUAUUCUAUCACUUCGGCAAUCGCCUCAUCCAUAUCAAACAUGCCAAUUCAUUCUUGAAAAUUCUCAGGUGGCUAAUGCACGAUUUCAGGCUGCUGCUGCAAUUAGAGAUGCUGCUAUUAGAGAGUGGAGCUUUCUUACUGCUGAUGUCAAGAGAACUUUAAUUAGUUUUUGUCUGUGCUAUGUUAUGCAACAUGCAAGCUCACCAGAGCGAUAUGUUCAAGCAAAGGUUUCUGCUGUGGCUGCUCAAUUGAUGAAAAGAGGCUGGCUCGAUUUUGAAGCCUCUGAGAAAGAGUCUUUCUUCAUUCAGGUAAAUCAGUCUAUCCAUGGUGUUCAUGGUAUUGAUGUUCAAUUUUGUGGAGUCAACUUUCUGGAGUCAUUGGUAUCAGAAUUUUCACCCUCUACAUCAAGUGCUAUGGGCCUUCCAAGGGAGUUCCAUGAGCAGUGCAGGAGGUCGUUGGAGCAGAACUACCUGAAGACGUUCUACUGUUGGGCAAUAGAUGCUGCCGUAAGUGUUACCACCGUGAUAAUUGAUUCUCAGACUGAGGUUCCAGAAGUUAAAGUUUGUACGGCUGCUCUACGUCUGAUGUUUCAAAUCUUGAACUGGGAUUUCCGUAAUGCGGUUGGUGCUAAGGCCAAUAUUAGCUUUUACUUUGCUGGAGUCAAGGAUCAUGGUGAUGCAACCAAGAGAUCUGAGUACAACUUGGUGCAGCCUGGUCCUGCUUGGCGUGACGUUUUGAUUUCAAGUGGCCAUAUUUCAUGGCUUUUGAAUCUAUAUGCGGCACUUCGACAGAAGUUUUCAUGUCAAGCCUUUUGGCUUGACUGCCCUAUAGCUGUAUCUGCUCGAAAGCUGAUUGUACAAUUUUGCUCCUUGGCAGGGACAAUAUUUCACUCUGAUAAUGGGCAGAUGCAUGAAAAUCAUCUAUUACAGCUUCUUUUGGGGAUAAUACAGUGGAUCAAUCCUCCUGAUGCUGUUUCUAGAGCAAUUGAAAGUGGAAAAUGCGAAAGUGAGAUGCUUGAUGGCUGUCGUGCAUUGCUGUCCAUCGCAACUGUAACAACUCCCUUUGCGUUUGACAAACUACUUAAAUCAAUCAGGCCAUUUGGCACGCUUCAACUAUUAUCUAGUUUGAUGGGUGAAGUUGUAAAGGUUCUUAUGACCCAUAACAGUGAUGAGGAGACAUGGAGUUGGCAAGCCCGUGAUAUAUUACUAGACUCCUGGGCUGCCCUUCUCGUACCAAUAGAGAGGUCUGGUCAGAAUUCAUUGCUUCCACAUGAAGGUAUCAGCGCUGCUGCUAACCUGUUUGCUCUGAUUGUGGAGUCAGAGCUAAAAGCCGCAUCUGCCUCAGCAUUGGAUGACAGUGUCGAAUCUGAAUAUUUUCAAGCUUCUGUUUCUGCCAUGGAUGAAAGAUUAAGUGCUUAUGCUCUUAUUGCAAGGGCAGCAAUAAAUGUCACAGUUCCCUUCCUCAUAGGACUGUUUACAGAGCGUCUCUCCAAGCUUAAUCAGGGCAGGGGCACCAUGGAUCUAACUGAAACACUGGAAGAAAUUUACUCACUUCUGUUAAUAAUUGGGCACGUGCUAGCUGAUGAAGUGGAGGGGGAAACACCAUCGGUUCCAAAUGCUAUACAGUCUCAGUUUAGUGAUGUGAUGGAAGCAGAGAAGCAUCCUGUUGUUUCACUAUCUAGCUUAGUCAUUAGGUUUUGUGAGCAAUGUUUGGACCACCAAACUAGGGCAUCAAUUUUCAGCCCUCGACUUAUGGAGUCAGUUGUAUGGUUUCUAUCAAGAUGGUCAUCAACAUAUUUACUUCACCCCGAAGAAAUCAUCACUAGCAACUGCAAUUAUGGUAAAGAACAUGAUCAUUUCCAGACACAGCAUACCAGGAAAGUCUGUUACAGCUUUUUUGGAGAACAUGGCCAAGGAAUACCUAUACUUGACGUUAUUAUUUGCAUAUCAGCAACUACACUUUUGUCAUAUCCUGGGGAAAAAGACUUGCAUGCACUCACAUGUAACCAACUGCUUCGUGCACUUGUUCGUCAGAAACAUAUUUGCAAUCAUCUUGUUUCACUGGAUUCCUGGCGUAAUUUAACAAAUGCUUUUGAUAAUGAAAAAAAAUUGUUCUUGUUGGAUUCCACUCACCAGCGUUCACUUGCUCAAACAUUAGUGCGUUCGGCUUCUGGGGUGAGAAAUAUAGAAUCAUCAAAUCAGUAUGUGAGGGAUCUUAUGGGCCAUACAACAACACAUCUUGUUGAAAUGGCUAGCAGGAAGGACUUAGCAAGUAUUGCUCAACAACCUGAUGUUAUGAUGAUGAUAAGUUUUUUGUUGGAGCGGCUUCGUGGAGCUGCUUGUGCUUCAGAACCCCGUACUCAGAGAGCAAUUUAUGAGUUGGGAUUUUCUGUCAUGAACCCUGUUUUGGUUCUUCUUGCAGUUUACAAGGAUGAGGCGGCAGUUGUUUAUAUGCUACUGAAAUUUGUGGUUCACUGGGUGGAUGGACAAAUUAGUUACUUAGAAGCUCAAGAAACAGCGACUGUUGUUGAUUUUUGCAUGCGUUUGCUCCAGCUGUAUUCGUCACAUAAUAUUGGCAAAAUAUCAGUAAGCCUUUCAAACAGCUUACUUAAUGAGGCAAAAAAUGAGAAGUACAAGGAUUUGCGUGCACUUCUUCAACUUCUUUCAAAUCUUUGUUCAAAAGAUCUGGUUGAUUUUUCAUCUGAUAAUUCGGACGUGCCAGCACCAGAUAUUUCUCAGGUCGUGUACUUCGGUCUCCACAUAAUUAGUCCUUUGAUAUCUUUGGAUUUGUUGAAAUACCCAAAGCUUUGCCGGGAUUACUUCUCUUUGUUGUCGCAUUUGCUUGAGGUUUAUCCUGAAACUGUUGCAAAACUGAAUCAUGAAGCUUUUGCUCAAGUUCUUAGGACUCUGGACUUUGGUCUCCAUCAUCAGGACAUAGAAGUUGUUGAUAUGUGUCUCAAGGCUCUGAAAUCGCUUGCUUCAUACCACUUAAAGGAAAUCGCUGCGGGUAAUCUUGGAUUGGACUCUCAAGUGAUUACGAGAAAGGACGUAGGUGAAGCUGUGCAGGAAGGUGUUCUGAGCGGAUUCCUCAAGUCUCUUCUGCAGUUGCUUCUUUUUGAGGAUUACAGCCCUGACCUGGUGGGGAAUGCAGCCGACGCUCUCUUUCCUCUAAUUCUAUGUGAUCAAGGAAUAUACCAGAAAUUAGCCACACAGUUAAUAGAGAGGCAGGAUAAUCCAACAUUCAAGUCGAGGAUUGCAAAUGCCUUGCAUACUCUGACCAGUGCAAACCAGCUUUCUUCUGUGCUUGAUCGUAUAAAUUCCCAGAGAUUUAGGAAAAAUUUACACAACUUCCUUAUUGAUGUUCGUGGUUUUUUGAGGACAGUUUGAUAUCUUGAUAUAAUUCGUUCUGUCAUGGUGCAUUCUCCAAAAUUAUCCUCAGCCAGAAGUUAGAAACAGAUGCUGGCAGUGUUGCUAUGAAGAUUGAGCACUAGAAGGCUUCAGCUAGCUGCUCUCUUCACUCUUGCAAGGAGAUGAACUACAAUUUCUGAUGCCCUUGUUUCAGGUAAGAACAAAUUUAAACUUUGAAGGAUUUCUGCUGAAAAGGCUCUCAGUUGUUUCUCUAAAUAUGGUGCAUUAUUGGCUUCGGUUUGGUGUUGGAAAAUAAUCCCCAUUUUAUGUUCUUUGGCUGUGGUUAGGCUGGAAUGUGAUGCAAUUUUAGUUUAGUUUAGAACAUUAUUCUUGAUAUUUGCACAAUUUGAAGGUGAUUGUAUAGUUUUGCUCUCUUAUAGUUUUGUUUUCAUCUCUACAAACUUGUAAUUGAGAACAAAGGUUUGGAGAUUGAUGUUUUCAAGACGAUUCUUCAAGACUU